GGAGGGUUUAGUUGAUCAUUAACAAGCAACUUAAGUUUAUUUAGUAAUGUGAUGCUGUCGGGCAGCACUUCACUUCCUUGCAGGAAACAGUGACAACGUUCCUCCGCUGGGCACAUCUGAAUACAGAACGGCUGUAAACACCGAGCACAGAUCUCAGUCCAGACUGGACCAUCUGACCUCUGAAGGCCCACUGGGUGACAAUCACCUGGGCUCAUCUAAAUCUUUACCGUUCACACCCAACCUGGCAACGUCGAUGUGUACGAGCUGUCAGAAGGAAUCUCCACAGCCAUGUCUGUCCACAAGCAGACGAGACUGGCAUUGCCCAGUGUGCCUGCACACAGCCAGUUUCCCAGUCCAGACCAACUGUGGUCAUUUAUUCUGUGCUCCCUGUCUGCUCACCUACUGGAGACACGGCUCGUGGUUGGACGCAAUCAGCUGUCCUCUCUGCAGGCAAAAGGUCAGCGUGCUGCUGAACCUCUUCAACGAGAGCCAAUCAGACCAGCAGUCAAAGGACGUACUGGGGGAAAUCACAGACUACAACAAACGCUAUUCUGGGGCCCCACGAAGGGUGUCGGACUACCUUUGUGACGCCCCCCUGGUUCUGCAGUUACUGCUCCGUGGCCUGGGCACCAUGGGGGGACUUGUGUGGCUCUUCCUCUUCAGGGUGGCCCUGUGCUGCGUGGGGACUGUGGUGUCCAUCUCCUUCCCUCUCGUGGAGCCUGUAUCCUCAUCAUCAAGCCCCCUGGAAACAGACCCCUCCCUGUGUGGACUGCUGGGGUUCCUGGAUGACCUGGUAGUGGUCAUUCUGCUCCUCACCUGCGUUAUCAAUAUCAACCAGCAAAUGGCGCCAGAUAGAGGACACUCUUCCAACGUGAUAACCUGACAAAGUCAGGAAGAGCUUGCAGGAUGCAGCUGGUGUCACCGAUAGGCUGUUUGACAUGGACUUAUAUUGGAUUUCUGUCUCCUGACUCUUAAGUAGUCGGAUGAGUGAACUAUUGACUAUUGACAACAACAAAGAUAGUCUGGAAGUCAGGCGGAGUCCAAGCUUCUCUGACUGUGGACUUCAGGUCUGCUUGUCGAUUGUUUACAAAGCUUUUGCAAGUGUGAAAUCUAAAAAUCUAAGGGAUAAAAUGCGCUGCUUUAGCUGUGGUUACAAAUCCUCAACUCCCUGAGCUGUGAAGUGUUUUUAAUCCACACUGAAGAGAGAAAAAAAUUGAAAUUUGAUCAAUACUGUAUUUAAACUUGUCCCACACUGAAAAAAUUUAAAAUGUUUUUGUUAUGUGUGACAUACUGUCAUGCUGGUAUUAUGGUCUGGAUAUCCCUGUAAAUAUAUAAUAAUGUAAAA